CCGUUCCGUCCCGUCCCCCAUGUCCCGCCCGGCGGCGGCGGGCAGCCCCGGUCCCCGCACCAGCGACUGCUACCGCACCAGCCCCGGCCUGCCCGGCCGCUUCCAGCAGCCCGCCUGCUUCCGCGGCUACGGGCAGCCGGAGCCUCACCCCCGGUACCGGACCGCCAACCGUGCCUACGGCAGCAAAGCCCCCACGGUGCACGAGGUGCCGACCUCCUUCCACGUCACUUCGCACGCGUUUUCGAAUACUCUGGCACAGUGUGGCAUGUACAGAAAUAACGGGCUCAACACCUCCCUGGAGAAGAGCCACGUCACCGGCCCAGACAACUUCAUCACCGCUUACGACCACCUCAACUUCCAUCCCAGCUACAACCCAAGCGGCCCGUCGCACUGUUAGAUCUGCAGCAGUACCAACGACAGCACGAGACCGCUGCGAUAUACUGCUGGCUGCCUAGAUCAAAACCAAAACCAAACAGACAAAACCAUGAGCAAGCAAACAACGGCACUGACCUUACCCUAAAUCUGUUGCUAAGCCUCAUCUGAAACCAUGACAGCAGGCACUACACCAUUGCACCGUAGCUGCUAAAUGGCUAUUUCAUCAAGAAUAAGGCAGGUUUCCAUUACAGUCGUGCCCUGUGCCAUCAGGCUGGGACAGGGCACUCUUGUUAGAGCCCUUGGCUUCAGGUCACCUCUCCUGAACGCAGACUUGGGAUGUCGCAGUUGUUAUCACUGAGGAGAGUAAAACCGUAGAGACCAUCAGGAAAAGAAUUCAUGUGGCCCACUAACUGGCAGCAGAUUAACACACGUGCUUCACACUAUUAACCAUGUAAGUCACGAUUUCAUGAGAAGUUUUCUCCUGAACAGAGGGGAAAAAAAAUCUUUCACCUGGGUAAUGCAAGGCUUGCUAUUACAAUGUGAUGAACAGCUACAAAAUUAGCAGGCUAAAGGUAGCAGUACAUUUCUAAUACCCCCCCUGCCCAACCCAAACUGUUAUAUGUUUUUGGGUUUUUUUGUUUUUUUAAACAGGACUUCCACCAAGUUAAGGUCACAAAUUUAGCUUUGGGGGAAAAGCAGUUUAAGACUGUGUUAUCAAACCUGAGUUCAGUCAUUUGUUGGGAAAAACACAUACAGCCACUUUGGUACCAGAUGAAAAUAACUAAUUUACAGAAUGAAUGUUAUUAGGAAUAGUAUCUUAAUUUAUAAAGAUUGAAUGUGAUUAAAUGUCAGUUGAAUAGCUCAUAUGAACCAUUUUACUUGAUUUAUAGGCAGCAUAUAGUUAUAAACUCUAGAACAAUACACAUUACAUAUAUAUGUAUGUUCCCUUAACCUCUUCUCUGUCACUAAUGAUCCUUUAAACUCUUGGCUCAUGUACCACGUAUUAAAAUUUACAAUUUCUAAACUGUUUCUGUACUAUUUAAUGAAUAACCAAACUGCAUGUUUUCCAGCCUUUGGAUUUCUUGUUGAAAACAUGUUCAUCUCUCUUACCUCUCAAAAAUACGUGUUUUAAGAAAUUAUUCAAAUAAAGACAACUAAUAAAAAAGAAAAUGUAUUCUUAAGUUUUAUUGUAACAACUGUAGUUACACAGCCAGUGAAACUGCAUCGUUUAGACAGUAAAGUAACUGCUUAAAAACUAGUCUUGAAGAGAAACUAGUCUGCCUGUUUACGGAUGAGAAACGGUCCUACCUUACAGGUAUAACAUAGUGAUAGCAUACAUUAAAAUGAGCAUAAUACUAUCCUAGCUGUUUGCUAAGAAAAUAAAAAAUGAGUGUAAUAGUAUGUCCAAGUACCCCUGCAAAUUAUAUUCUUCAUGUUAGAAAUAUUCCCUGUUUGUGUCAUUUUUAUAUAGUCUUAUAAACUGCACAGGAAGCAUGACGACGAUAUAUUUAAACAUACUUGCAAGGUAGAGGUGUUCUGU